GACGUAGAAUUUGUUUUAUCACAGAGCUGUCAAAACUUACAGGUGUUCUUUUCAAUGACGACACGCCUGAAUUCACCCGGUUGUUCACUCUUUGCUGGCGAGAGUGCCCAAAAUAACUUUUUCGCAAAGCAGGGGAGGAUUAUUGAACUUCCUUUUACCUUUCGUUGCGGAGUUUGAUGGCUUUUUGAUCCUCUUCGAUGUCUAAGUACGUGGAUUUGCGGUUAUGUUCGUUCGAUGGAUGGUUUUGGUACUUCUCCUUUUGCCCUUAGCAUCGAGCGCGUCGGCUCCGCCGAAAUUUGAACAUAAAAAGUCCACGAUGCUGUCAUUUGAUUUACGUCGAAAAACCAAACAUCACAGACAUAGAAAUACGACUGCAGUAACUGCAACACCUGCACCAACAGCAGACAGCGAUCAAGAGGAAAUGGAAUUUACACUUCGCAGCACCUCCUAUGCUUAUGUUAUCGAGUUGGAUCUAGGCACACCCCCUCAACGGCUGGAGUUUUUGAUUGAUACUGGUUCCUCCAACAUGGCUAUUGCAGGCCCAGAAUGUCAAGAUGAAAUGGAUCAUAAGUGUCAAAUAGAGACCUUCUAUCAUCCAGAGAAGUCCAAUACAUCGGUAGAUCAACAUAUUCCAAUCGAAACAGAGUAUGGUAAAGGGGCGUGGUCAGGGGAUAUUUAUCUCGAUGUCGUGGCCUUCCCAGGUGAAGGUCCGAGGACGACAGCAGAAUUUGCGGUCAUAAGGCACGAAAAAGACUUCUUCCUCAGAAAUUCCAUAAAUGAGGGGAUUCUUGGCCUGGCGUAUAAAACCCUGGCGACUGAUGAUGUACAGCCAUUGUACGAUCAGCUCGUCCAGGAUAACAAAGUUCCAAAUGUAUUCACUCUAGGGCUGUGUAAUGGAAUGGGUAAAAUCUGGCUGGACGCUCCAGAACCGUCGGCGUAUCGCGGGCCUAUUCACUACACGAGCAUUAAUCAAGAAACCUGGUACAGCGUUUCCAUGACAGGCAUUGAUGUUGCUGGCAAUAGUUUAGGUUUUUUACCCCCUAGUUUCUCAGCCGCUAUUGUUGACAGUGGCACAACGGAUAUUUUAUUACAACCUGAGAUUUACGCAGCAGUUAUAGCACAACUAAAGGAGCGUGGUCCUCCUGUUGAUGAACGCUUCUGGAAGAGCUACUGUGUUGACACAGAUCCCUACCAGUGGCCUUACAUUACUAUUUACCUAAAAGAUAUGAUUGGAGGCUCAUUCGGACUGACCGUUCUUGGAAAGCAUUAUGUCAGAAAACAGGACGAGUUUCAUUGCCUCAGUAUUGGUGCCAAACCAUCAGGGGCUGUGUUGGGUGAAGUUGUCAUGGAGGGGAACGUAGUAGUGUUUGAUCGAGCCAAUCAGAGGAUUGGAUUUGCACCGAGUAACAUGUCCCAUCCUGACGUUGGACAAUGUGGGAAUCCUAUUCGUGUAAACAACACUGUCAAAGGGCGUCUGCACAAGUAUUGCCGUGCUCCCAACAUGCCCCAGGAGACGUGUUUUAUGGGUUGCAAGCCUUGUAUCGAAUAUGGUGGCGUGUGGUGCCCUAAGGGUCACGUGGUUGUCUGGAUUAAUGGAGUCAGAUCUGUUCUCAGCACCAAAAGGGGCUUCUGCUGGCCAGGAGGCCUUUUCACCUUAGAUGAUACGAAAGUUCAAACCUUUCUUACGGGACAUGGCAGUGCCGAAUUCCAGGCGUAUUGUGAAUCGUUUGUUCCGAUGUAUAAACAGUGUUCAGUGGAGGGUAUUUGGGUUUUGCUGAUGAGCGGCACGGUUUUUUUCAUCCUUUGUUCACUGUUCUUGUUCGUGAGCUGUCGAGGAAGCAUUAGAGCUAAAUCGAUCAACAAUCGUCAGAAUCCGGGAAAUGACAGCAAAUCUCCAACACAUCACAAAGAAAGAUUUCCAUCCAACAGAUGACAUCAACUCCUAACAUUCGCUACAACGAAUGCAAACGUUUCUAUCUGAGUGAACGUUUGGAAAGAGCGGUGAAGUUCAGCUGAUUAACAACACCGUUUAUCAAGAAUUCCGAGCUCAACAUGAUUGAUUAAAUUUUUUGAAGUAAAAAAAUUGCGUCCUAAGGGUUUUUUCCCUUAGUUAGCUUUUAUACCAAAUUUCAUAUUAAUAUCUGAGCAUGCGCAACUG